GGCAUACAACUUCAAACAAGAUUUAGGUAGCUUUCACACCAUUCCUGAUAUUUCGCAACAUUGAAGACCCUUAAGAUCAUCAAUUUGAUAAAGGAAAUGCCGAUGGAAUUCAACUCAAAGUCUUUUUAACUUGUGAAUUCCAGUCGGCCUGAGCCUGCUAACGUGUACGUAUCUCACGUGGCGUUCACCGAUGACUUUUGGAUUCAGCGAACCGGAGAUGAAUAAGAAGCCAUCAGUGAAACGACUCAACUGGUCGAAAUAGGAGUCGAAAUGUAAAUGCUCAACUCGAGACUCGAGAGAAGAUACUCGUGGUGGCCCAGCUUUAUGCAGUCAAUCCCCCCGAUUUAGCCCAUCUGUUGAAUAUCGACGGAGGACGAGUGUAUAGCUUUUGUCGACCACUUACACAAAGAGAUCGUGCCCAUUGAAUCCAGCAUCCGCCAGUGAUUCAGCUGUAACUUUCGUUUCAUCCUUGGCGUUUCAAUGUUAGACUCUGACGCUGUGGCUCUUCAUCUGGAUCACUGGCCUGAGAAGGCCAUCGACGUCAUGAAGGGAAGGCCAUCUGCUCACCGGCCCACGUCUGCAACGCAGUUUUCCACCUAAACGAAACAACUAAAAGGACGACGAGGCCCUUCAGGUGGAAUCGCUCUUUGUCGGCGACAUCAACGUCGUCGUCGAUGCCCCCUGCUCAUCCAACUUGGCAUGCAAACUUAGCCGUGUGAUCCAUCCUUUUUUGUUUUGAGCUGCAGCCCCCGUCAACCCAACGACCCAUCCAGCCAUGGCGGCCCCCCUUCAUCCAUCCAAGUGACUUCCCAACGUAAGGUUUCGCGCGUCUGCCUCUCCUUCACAACAACACUGUUUUUCCGCCACCGACCGGUCAGCAAUUUUGUUUUGUGAGUGUCGAAUUUGACUGACACGAUUCGGAAUUAAUUCGGCCGCCUUGAGGCGUUGGAAACGGACUCAUAUAUCCCGGGAUGGCUAGCGCCACGACGUCGACAUCGGCCACGGACCCGACGUCGUGCAAAUACACAAAGUACAAGACCACCGGCCGGUCCGGCACCGGCGCCACAGGAUAUUUCGAUCGUCCCAGGGGCUCGGAUCCGAGAGCCGCCACAUGCCGGUCGAAACUGCAAUCGAAAAGGGCCAAAUUGAAUCAAGAGAUCAACAAAGAACUUCGUUUGAGAGCCGGCGCCGAGAAUCUUUUCAAAGCCACGAGCAACAAGAAGCUGCGCGAGACGGUUUCGCUCGAGUUGAGCUUUGUCAACUCUAAUCUGCAGCUGCUCAAGGAGCAACUGGCCGUUCUCAACAGCUCGGUCGAGGUCUACCAGGGCGACCAGCACGGCGGUCUCACCCAUCACAUCCCCAUGAUACCGCUAGGUCUCAAAGAGACGAAGGAAGUUCCAUUUCACGACGCUCUACACGAAUUUAUCGAAGACCAUUACAAAGGCAAGGCGGAUGAAUACCUGGAAGCCAUUGCCGAGUUGUCUGACUUGCGCCAGGCCAUGAGGACACCUUCCCGAGACGCCACCGGCAUCGGUUUGCUGUACGAGUAUUACAAUCAGCUCUACUUUUUCGAGCGACGAUUUUUCUCUCCCGAACGAGGCCUGGGCGUCUUUUUCGACUGGUUUGAUUCGUUGACGGGAGUGCCCAGCGCCCAGCGGACUGUGGCUUUCGAAAAAGCCUGCGUCCUCUUCAACCUGGGAGCCCUGCACACUCAAAUCGGGACGAGACUGGAACGCGGGACGGGUGACGGGCUCGAUGGUUCUGUGGAUAACUUUUUACGAGCAGCUGCCGUCUUCCGCUUCAUUGUCGACAACUUUACCAACGCUCCGUCCAUGGACUUGGCCCCGCAAGUCCUCGAGGCAUUCAUCUUGCUCAUGAUUGCUCAAGCUCGCGAGUGUCUCUUCGAGAAACUGUUGCUGAGCUACCGCGGAGAGUCGGCUCCUGCCCAGGAUAUCGACGCUUACCUGGAACAAGCCCAAGAGGCAGCUGAGUUGUCUGAGUCGUACCAGCGAGUCUACGAGGCUCUGUCGAUCGAGUUGGUCAAGGACUACGUUCCGGAUUCGUGGAUCGCUCUGGUCCAGGUCAAGAGCCAAUACUACGAGGCGACUGCCCACCAGAUGGUGGGCUCUGGCCUGGUGGCCAGCAUCGACGGCCGUCCGCUGAGCCUCAAGACCAAAGAGACGCUGACGUUCAUGUACACGGAGGACGAGAGGGCGUCUGGCGGCGAUGCCAACGCCUCGUCGACCUCGAAUCUGAAUUUCUCGGCCAGUAAAGCCAGCAAAGACAAAGUCAGCACCAUCAUCGACAUUCGGGUCCCGAAGAACGGCGCCGAGCAGCUUCAAUUGGGUUUGAGUCACAUGCGGGAGUCGGUGCUGCUGCACGAAGAGAGCCUGCGGCUGCAGCGCAUGUGCCGCGAUUUGAAGAAGCGCGACCACCUGUCGACCUUUUUGCGACGCGCUCACGACGCCGCUCUCAGCGCUUACACGCGAGCCCUCGGAGACGACGAGUUUGGCGAAGCUCUCGACCCGCCUCCCAUUUUGGCAUCGACAAAAUUGCAGCUGUCGUUCGGCCAGCCGGAUUUCGGUCAGCAUCCAGUGGAUGAUUUAUUCCGCGGAUUGGGUCCGCUGACUCUGUUCUCGGCCAAGCACAAGUGGAACCCGCCCCGGUUGGCCAAUCUCCGCAAAUUGCACGACCAAGGUUUCGGAUUCAGCGUUCGAGGCGACGGGCCAAUCAUCAUCGCCGGAGUCGACGGCGGAUCCAUCGCCGAUUUGGCCGGAGUGAGAGAAGGUGAUGUAAUCAUAGGAAUCGGCGAUGUCGAUGUCAAGUGGUCCACCCACGAAGAGGUGGUCUCCCUCAUCAAAAACGCCCGCAACGACCUCUCUCUCAAAUUGAUCCAGCCCGUCGAGAAACCUAACCAACCCUCUAAGUCAAUGAUGAAAUCGAUGGCGAAAACGCUGCCGGGCGGCCGUGGAUCGACCUCGCCCACGUCGACGACCAGCUCCAGUUCGGGCGUGUCGUCGGCGGCCAGCCACAGUUUGUCGAGCACGCUGGCCGGAAGGAGCAGCAGUUCCAAGAACAACAGCAAGAGCUGCGACCGGAUACACGCCAUCGGGCGUAACCUGCCGGGCGUCAGGCGGCGUGACAAGAGCCUCGACAGUCACGUCAAAUACAGGACGGACGCCAAAUCUUCCAGCAAAGGUGGUCGAAGUCGGGACCGGACCAUCACUGGGCGACUUAGUCUGGCCGCCGAUUUCUUCAAUUUGAGCCUGCACUCGAACAAGGAUCGAGACAGGACUGUGGACAGCGGGACUAGCAGCCAGGCCCGUUCGACGACAGCCGGAAGCCGAUUGACGUGGAAUCCCUUCCGGACCAAGAGCCGGGAGCGCCAGAAUAAUCACAGCCACAGCCUCCACCAGCAGUCUCAUCACAUGAUGGCCCUAAAGACGCCGGCCACGACGCCCGGCAGCGGAGAAGUCAUCUGCAAGAACAUUAUCAUGCGCUGAUUUGAUUGAUUGACAAAUGGAAAUGACGUAAGACAAUUUUUUGGUUUUCCUAUUUUUGUGGGGGGGAAGAUUCAGCGCCACUUUUUGAUUUCGGAAUUAUUUUUUUGUGUGUGUGUUCAAGAAAGGUUUAAAAUGAUGAUGAUGGAAUAUCCAUUUAGGUACAUAGCAAGACGUAUUACCCCUCAUCUUUUAACACCAAAAAAAUGAGAAAAAAAAAAACACAUUUGAAAGAUAACAACUUUUUAAACCUGAGCUGCUGCGUGCCAUAUCGCUUUACAGUGUAACCGUAAAAUGAUUUUGACUUUAUCUCUCUUAACUUUUUUUUAAUUGUUGGUGAACCAGACAAAAUAUCUCCCCGAUGUUUUCUUUAAUGACUUUCAUAUUAUAUAAAUAUAUAAAUAAAUUGACUGAAUUUAAAAAAGAAAAUAACAAAAAAAAAAUAGUUUCAGAUAUGGUAAAAAAAAAACGAAAAAACAUAAGGCUAAAAAAAUCUAAUUCCUACAUUUUUUAUCAUUUUACGUCAUUAUUUUCCAAGAAAAACAAAAUGAAUUUGUGUGUGCUUGAUUGUGUGUAUGUGUACAAAAUGAUUGGAGACUUUUUGAUUGGAAAAUUAGAAAAACUGGAUAUAAUAACAAAAUGAGAAAAAUUUCGUAUAGCCCUCCAAAAAUAAUUUUACUGUUUGAAAUUUAUAACAACUUUUAACGGACUCUAAUCUUUAAAGAAAAAAAAAACUAGAUUGUGAUUUCAAAUAUUCCUUUUUUUUUGUCUACUUUAGUUAAAUGUUUGUCAAAAAUUCCUCUUAUAAAAUUCCCCAAAGCUCAUUUUAUGUGUAUAUUACCUUAUAAUCUUGCAUGUGACUGUGUGUGUGUGUGUAACAUCAAUAAACCAAAAGACGAGAGAUAAAUCGGAAACAAUGAAACAACAUUUUUUUUUAUUGAAUUAAAAAAAAAGCUUUUGAGGGAAUAGUAAAAAAACAACGCGUAAAUGAAUGUUGAUUUGAAGCUAAAAAUAAGAAAAGGAAAAAAUAAUUCAUUUUUAAUAGGUAAUAUAAUGAAUAUAUGAUGUGUGUGAAAAAUUGAAAUUGUUGAAUGGCAGUUUCUUUGUCUGCUGGGGGAUAGGCUAUCUGUUUGGUUGAAGCCCAAAAUAACUUUUUCAAAUUCUAAAAUAUUUUCUUCUUUUAAAAGGAAAACAUUGAUGAUGUAGAAUUCCCCCCCAAAAAAUGUCGUUUUGUUUUUUAAAACCCUGAUUUCCCGGCCAUCAUGUUCUCGGCGCAGGUUCUCGGGAAAUGGAAUCCCUUGAGCAGGAUCUCUUGAAUACCCUGGAGAUGAAAAGAGAAAUUGAUAACGAUGGCUUUUGAAAGGUAUUUUUUUAAUUAUUUUAAUUACCGAGCAUCCCUCAAUGCAGACGGAGAAGGGCUGGAAGAGAAUGUGGAAACCUGCGCAGAAACCGCCCACCCAGAAACCGAUAAAGAUGAGAAUCACGAACCAGAUGAUGCUCCAAAGGAUCGAUCCGCCGUCUCCACCAGCUCCGCCAUUGCCUUUGCCUGCCAUUUCCUUUUGAAUUGAAUUUCUUUCUUCUUGAUUCGCGACGAUCC